AUGACAGACUCAAACUCAACCAAUACCAACCAGCUAGAGAGAAAUACUACCUCCCCCAACGAACAAGCAAAUGCUGAGGAGAUAUCGCCUUUAGUGCAACAAGAGCAACCACCUUCGCCCCACGUGAGCAAUACCUAUACCACUGAGCAAGACAGUACCACUACAAUGAGCCAAUGUAGUUCCCAGUCGGAUGAACUAACUCCUCUACUAAGCACGUCUGAAAUCCCGCACCACUCAUUUCUACGGAGAAUUUUUGAUCCUAACUGGCUUCACGUUGCCUUUAUUGGUGUCAUCAUCUUGAUUGGACUACUCGUUAUCACAUUCAAUAAUAUACAAUCAGUUGUUAACGAUGCCAUUGAUUUACAAGUUUAUAAUGCUACUUUUGCUAAUUUCACGAGUCGCGGGGUAAAUGUGCAUGUACAAGGUUCAGUCGAGAUGAAAUACCAUUUAAUGCACACAAACUUUAUCCAAAUUGCCAUGAUUAAAUUGGGUGCUUUUGUACUAGGAGCGUUGAAGCUCCUGCUGUUGAAGCCUGUACAGUUGCAUGCACAAUUGGUUGACCUCAAAAGCCCCUUUCUUUAUUUGGCAGAUGCAAAUCCACCGAUGAUUACAAUCGAGAUUGGCAAUAGAGCCAAGACGCAAUUAAAUUUUUUAACUGAAUGUACAUUUGGCAACACUGAGUUUUUGCAAUUUUUGAAAUACUAUUACCAAUUAUCGGGUGACGAUAUAAAUUUACGAGUAAAAAUGAUUGCCGAGGAAGUCAAUGUCAAUACAUUGAAAUUGGUCAAUUUGAGACUACACAAUGUUGAAGUAAGUGAUUAUUUGACGAUAAACAAGAAUGAUUUAAAGACCGGAUUAAAGAUUAAUAGGUUUGGUGUGACUUCGCCUGGAGUGAAUAUCAUAAACUUGUCGGCCCAAUUGGAGGUACCUAACCAGUUGGGUAUUUCAUUGAAUGUUCCACCUUUGCAAUGGGACUUGUUGUUUGAUGAUUGUGAUGCACAUUUAGUCAAAGUUGGGUCUUGGCGUACGUUGCCAACUAGGGUUGAUGCCAGUAAAGGGAUUACAGUUGAUGUUGAAGGUGUAGUUGAGGAUGUGCCUGGGCGCUUAAUGGACGAAUGUGAGAAUAGCCUGCUAAGUCCCAUUAAUUCAUUGGUUCAACAGUAUUUAAGAGAAGAGCCAAUCAAGUUUUACCUACAUUUGAAUGAGAAACAAAGUGUUGAUGGUGUGAGUCAGGACUUGCACUGGUUAUUUGAUACGUUGAAGCGCAUGCCACCGGCCGAACUUGCUGUGACGUUGCCAAGGAUACAUAUCAUGUCCAACAAUUUCAGUAUCAAUUCGUGUGAUUUGGCCAUGAAUCAUACCGAUGCGAGGCUGGAAAAAGAAGACAGUCAUCGUGUGCUUCCUGGUAACAUUAAAAGCAACUGCUCGAUUGAAGCAGUCAAUCCGACAUCUUUAAAUGUUGAUAUCGAUCGAUUCAAAUGUAAUGUCAGUUUGGGAAUGAAGGAUAAAACGUUAAUGCAAGCUUGGUCAAGAGAUUUUGUUUUAUUGCACAGCACACAGUCAAAAGAACUUGUUCAUGUUGAUGUGAAUGUUUCAGAUUUAGAUGUGGAUGUUAUUGACCCAGUUUACUUUGGCAAGGUUUUCAAUAAUGUCAUCAACAAAGAAGAAACUGGUCUUGUUACAAACAGUGAUAUUUAUGUAAAUAUAAGUUUGGCAAAUGUGGAAAUAAGCCUACCAGUUAUUGGAAAUGCAACGUUGCAAAAGUUGGAAAUUCCAUUUGUUAAGCUACCUCAAGCUUUUGAUGUAUUGCAAGAAGUGAAUCCUGUACAAUUUGGAUCACUUGUACCGCAACUAGACGUUGAAGUUGAAGAAGUGUAUUUCUUAGGAUCCAAUGACCAUGAAGUUGAGUUUCAGGUUUUGGUAUCGUUGUACAAUCCGUUAAAUAUAUCGUUGGAAAUCCCUAAGUUGCAAGGCCAAGCAAUACUGAUUCAAUUUGGACAAAAUAAAUCCAAAUUUGGGUAUGCUAGUUUGAAAGAAGUUUCAUUGGCUAAACUCCAACGAUCAAAAGUGGAAGCCACAGUUAAAUUCAGUUAUGACACAUAUUCAGAUAAAGUGUUCCUACAAGAUUUUAUCAGUGUUUACAUCUCUUCGUUUACCAAAGAUUUGACUAUUGAUUUAACAAACAAUUCUGUUGCCGGCAACCUGGGACUUGAUGCAUUUAUGAGCCAAAUCAAGCUACAUGAUGUCGUUAUGCCUAAUGUAUCCUUCACCAUACCGGAAUACAAUAUAAUCAAUAUCAAUAAUGAAAACGACGAUGAUGAUGAUGCGGUACCAACAAUACCCAACCAAAUAGCUAAACAGGAUGCAGGAGUAUUCAUCAUUGAAACAACAAUCCAUGUAUUUACAUCCGAUAUUGAGUUGAAAAUCUACAAUCCAAUAUCCAAUGCCGAAGUCAGAUUAGAAGUGUUUCAAGCAUUUGCCAAACAUGAAGAUGUCGUACUUGGAUACAUGAGUCGCCGUGAAGUUAUUGAUCUACAACCAGGGUUUUACGUAACUCCCAGAAUCCCCAUCAAGAUUGAAAAUGGAGCUGCUUCCGAGAUUUUGAAACGAGCAAUUAAUGGCGAUCUAAGUAUUGAUGUUAUGGCGGAUGUUAAUGUCGGAUUUGGCUUGUUUGGUUUACGAUUGAUUUACAAGGGGAAGCAAUUGGUGUCAAGGAUUAGGUUGUAG